GACCCGUCCUCGACGUUGUCGAUUUUUUUUUUGACAGGGUCCCCAGCGCGGCAGUCCCGAACGAACGCUCAGACACACGGUGGCCCUGCAACAGCCUGGAUCGCCGCACGUCUCUUUGUUUCUUCGCUCCCCCUCCGAGUCCACCCACAACCAUCAACGCCCGCCACUACCUGGUUACCUGUCUUGCUGUAUACCUUCUCCCGCACUAGGCAUCCAAACUUCACCAUGGGUAUCUUCAGUCGGAAAACCUCAAAGCCCGCCAUUUCUCCCUCGGGGAGUCUGCCCAGCUUGAGCAACAGCUCUCUCAAGUCCCCCGUCCCCUCGACAGCCAAUGGUCGAUCCCGCAUGAGCUUCCCCGAAAUCCCACUUCCUAGAGCUCCCGACCCUUCGCUCGACCCUGUAGCCUACCUGCGCAGCAUUUACGCCAUAAGGGAACGCACUCGCCUGGUCCUCGAAAAAGCCAAGCAGAACCAGCUCAAACAUUUCACCGUCGACAUGUCCAAGUUCCAGGAGACUGCUGCUUACAUUGUAUCCAUUAUCAAGCGUGACUAUGCUCCCGACUAUGCUUCUAUUCCACCCCACGGAAGGUGGCAGCACUUUGAUAUUGGAGGACGUCCUCGAAUCGACCAGCUCAUGGCAUCUUGGACCUCAGGAGUCGACAACCAAGAGCGAACCCGCCGCCUCAUCGAUCUGUUCCUUGUCUCCGUCCUUCUCGAUGCCGGCGCGGGUACUAAAUGGCAAUAUCGCAGCAAGGAGUCGGGUAGGAUCUACCGCCGAAGCGAGGGCCUUGCAGUCGCAAGCUUGGAAAUGUUCAAGGCAGGUCUGUUCAGCAGCGACGAGAAGAAUCCUUGCCAGGUGGAUAGCGCUGGGUUGAAGAAACUGGACAUGGCUGCCCUGGCCCGAGGAUUGCAAGUCACAGACAGCAAUCCGCUUGAUGGUAUGCAAGGGCGUGGCGGGCUCCUUAUGCGCCUCGGCGAUGCUUUGCAGAACCAGGAAAUAUUCGGACUCGAGGCGCGACCGGGAAACAUGCUCGACUAUCUGCUUUCACACCCCUCCACGCAAGCUUCCUCGGUCCCGAUCAUCGCAGUCCCUACCCUCUGGAACACACUCAUGGAUAGCCUGGCACCUAUCUGGCCUUCCACCCGAACGCAAAUCGAUGGGAUCCCUCUCGGCGAUGCCUGGCCAUGCUCUGUAAUGCCAUCACAUCCUACCCAUCCGUGGGAGAACAUUGUUCCCUUCCACAAACUCACGCAGUGGUUGACUUACUCACUCAUGGUUCCCAUGACAAAACUCCUUCACGUACACUUUGCCGGUGCUCACCUCUUAACUGGUCUUCCUGAAUAUCGGAAUGGUGGUCUACUUGUCGACAUCGGUCUGAUGACACUGAAGCCCGAGGAGACCAAGCGAGGAUUGGCGCAGUAUCAACGAAACGCGCAACUCGCAGGACAACCCAACAUGGAAGUGGUUCCGCUUUUCGCCGUCGACGACGACGUCAUUGUGGAAUGGCGCGCGGCUACCGUUGGUUUCCUGGACGAAUUGUUGGUCGAGGUCAACAUUCUCCUAGGGCUGUCCGGGCCCGACAAGCUGAAUCUCGCCCAAAUGCUAGAGGCUGGAAGCUGGAAGGGAGGCCGAGAAAUUGCAGAAGUGUCGCGUCCAAACACAAAGGAGCCGCCAAUCAUGAUUUUGUCCGACGGAACUGUUUUCUAA